AGAAAAAUCCUUUCCGUCUGUCUUUCCGCUUCUUCAUCUCUGCUCCGUCUCUCUUCAAUCUCUCAAAAUCCCAAGCGCAUCCCUUCUUCCAACCCUCGAAGCGCGAAAGGAAAAGGAAGAAACGUCCGUCGCGAUGCGUGCUAGAGGCGGUCCGACGCGCGAGUCGCUGCUCACACGAGCCGUGAAUUCGGUGUUCGCCUUCGUGCGGUUGGCCGAGUUCGAGAUCCUCUUCUUCCUCUUCUUAAUCAUCGUCUUCAUCAUCUUCAAAGAUCUGACAUCAAGACCCGAAUACAAUCAGAUCCUGGUGAAGAAGCCUGGCGGUAGUGAUUUCUGGCCUUACUAGAGGAUA